GAGCAGUGUCAGAAUUUGUUUUGAAGCCAUUUUUGCUUUUUUUUGCCGCUUGCGGAAAAAGUGCGUGCAGUUUUCUACAGUUUCAAGCAUUUACAGAUUACUAAAAACGACCAGAAUCGCAUCGAACCAUGUCGAUCGGAGUUCCAAUCAAGGUAUUGCACGAGGCUGAAGGGCACAUAGUAACGUGCGAAACCAUCACGGGCGAGGUGUACCGCGGAAAGCUGAUAGAGGCCGAGGACAACAUGAAUUGCCAGAUGACCCAGGUCAGCGUGACCUACCGCGAUGGCCGGCCGGGAAAGCUGGAAAAUGUGUACAUCCGUGGCUCCAAGAUCCGUUUCCUCAUCUUGCCGGACAUGCUGAAGAAUGCGCCCAUGUUCAAGAAGCAGGGCGCCAAAACGGGCACUGCCGGCCGCGGCAAAUCGGCGAUACUUCGAGCGCAGGCGGCACGCGGAAGAGGUCGUGGAGCGGGCGGAGGCGGUGGCGGAGGUGGCGGCCGUAGCGGCAACAAAGGCAACUGGCAAGGCGGCCAAGGACAACAAUCUUCCGGCCGUGGACGUGGUGGACUGUAGAACCCCAUUUACCGGGAGGCGCAUAGGUUAAGGUCCAAGAGAUAGACUAUAAGGCUAGCCGGGGCAGGCGGGAGGAAGAGGAACGUAUGAAGCACCUGAAUCUGUAGCCAUUACAUCUCAGGAUGUAGCUGACCUGUAAUUUCUUUCUGAUUCGAAUAUGUUCCCGGAAAUAAACAUGAAUUCUAAUA